AUGGCUCCCCGCUUCACUGACUCUCCGAAUGCACGUUCAAAGUCCAUAUCCACCGCAGACCUUGAUACAAACGGUGUCCUGAAUCGUCACUCUGCUAAUCAUCCAACUUUUCGUGUAGGAGUCUCAGAGGACAAGGGCACUCGGAGGACCAUGGAGGAUGCCCACUCUUUUGUUGUCGACUUCGACGCAGUCCGUGGCCAAGGCUUCUUUGCCGUCUUUGACGGUCAUGCGGGUAAGCAUGCUGCAGAAUGGUGUGGAUCCCAUUUUCAUGAGUAUCUGCUCGAUGCCAUCCACUCAUCUCCCGAUGUACCCAUCCCUGACAUUCUUAACCAUACCUUUCAUGCCGUCGACGAGUCUCUGUCGCGUAUGUGCGAAGAAUCCGAAGGCAAGAUUCAUUCAGGUUGUACCGCAGUUACGGCUUUCUUGCGCGUCGAAGAUUCAAACGGUCGACAAUCCUUCCUUUCUCCACCUUCCUCUCCCUCCGCUGAGUCUCCUGUCUCUGGUCACAGCAUAAACAACAGUGUAGAUGGAGAGCCUGGCUCCUUUGUUGUCGAAGACGCGGCGGAUGCCCUAAAACAGGAUGCCACCCCCAAGAAAGCCAAGGAAAAGAAAACAUCUAGCACAAGUCGUUUAAGAAAGGCUUUACGGAGCUUGGGAGGCGGUGCAUCUAGCAAGUUUACCUCAUCAUCUGCCUCUGGCAAUUCAUCUUCCGCUGCCUCCGUCAAAUCAGUUGCAGAAGGUGUCACCAUUACUGUACCUCCGCCGGAUGCUAAAUACGUCCUUUAUAGCGCUAAUGCUGGUGAUGCUCGCGGUGUCCUGUGCAGAGCAGGAAAGGCGGUCCGUUUGACUUAUGAUCAUAAGGGAACCGACAAACAAGAGGCCAAACGCAUUACAGAUGCAGGCGGAUUUGUUAUGAGUGGGCGCGUUAACGGGGUACUUGCUGUCACGCGAAGCUUGGGUGAUUCCUCAAUGAAAGAGUUUGUGGUUGGUGCGCCCUAUACUACCGAAACUGAACUAUGCGAAGAAGAUGAACUUUUAAUUCUUGCUUGCGACGGUCUAUGGGAUGUGAUUGGCGACCAAGCCGCUAUUGAUUUGGUUCGUGACAUUGAGGAUGCCCAACAGGCCAGUUCAGUUCUUUGUCAACAUGCCUUAUCCCACCAUACUACGGACAAUGUCACCGUUGUCGUAGUUCGCUUUAAGCAUUUGGGACCCCAAAGAGACUUUGAAGAACAGAAUAUUCGGCUGGUACCGAUGUACGGACAGCAACCAUAUCCCGGACCUACACCAGCCUAUGGCUCUGAAGGGCCUUACUACGUUCCACCAGAACAGCCUCUGUACGGCGGUGAUAUUAAAGACCCUUACGCGGGAGGUCGAUUUAAGCCAAAGAAAAGAGUAAACGACCCGAUAUUUCUCAUUUUCUUCGUACUCCAAUUUCUCGGGUUUGCUGCGGUGUCAGGCGUUGCUCUAAACACAUGGAUAUCGCAAGACGGACUUGGAGGCGGACUAGGUAAGGGCGGAGGACAGACAGGCACUGUAGUGACAAUGAACCGGAGCACCGUCUACCUGUUGCUUCUUGUCACCGCAGCGGGGAUGUUACUUUCCGUGGCGUAUCUGAUGCUAGCGCGCAUGUUCACGAAAACGAUCAUGCACAUAACUCUGAUUUUGACUAUUGCGUUGAACAUUGGUAUAUGUGUCUAUUAUUAUAUAACAAAAUAUUGGUCUGGAGCCAUCAUAUUCACAAUUAUUGCUAUCCUUUCGGUCCUGUCCUACUUCGGUUUUAGGUCGCGUAUACCGCUAGCUUCUCUGCUCCUUCAGGUUGUGAUGGACGUGUCGAAGCACCACACCAGUGUCUACGCAGUUGCGUUUGCUUCUUUGUUCCUCCAAGCAGUCCUAUCUGUUUGGUUCACUUUUACCACUAUAGCUACAUAUGCGAAAUGGACGCCCGGGAACCCAUCAUGCGACACAUCCAGCUGCUCUAGUGGAAAGGUCGCUGGCCUCAUCUUCUUCGAGGCCUUUUCCUUCCUGUGGACUUCGCAAGUUAUUGGAAAUGUUGCAUUAUCUACCCUUGCGGGCGGGCCAUAUGGUUCAUGGUAUUACUUCGGUCCUCGUGGCAAUGGUGAGAUGCCUAACCAUCCAACGCUCUCUGCUUUCGGGCGUGCCUCCACCCUUUCUCUUGGUUCCAUCGCGUUUGGCUCUCUUAUUGUUACUAUCUUGGACCUUCUGAGGUUGAUUCUGAAUGCUGCCCAACAAAAUGCAAAUGCAGAUGGCCACCCCGUUGAAGCAUGUCUGGCGUGCUGUGCGGCCUGUUUCGUUGGGAUGCUCCAAAGCUUGGUCGAAUACUUCAACAGAUACGCGUAUAUUGAAAUCGCAUUGUAUGGCAAGCCUUACAUCAAAGCUGCGAAAGAUACUUGGCGAUUAUUCAAAGACCGAGGGAUUGAUGCUCUUGUAAACGAUUCGCUCGUCGGAAUGACCUUGACAUGGGGCGCGUAUGCCAUUGGUGUUUUGUGUUCACUGUUUGGAUAUUUAUACCUACGAUUCACUGCUCCUUCAUAUAACUCGGAAGGACAAUAUACUGCCCCCAUUGUAUUGUUCUCUUUCCUGAUAGGGAUGGUGUGCUCUAUGACAAUGGGGUCUGCAAUUGAAGCAGGUGUAUCGACCAUAUUUGUUGGCCUUGGAGAAGAUCCCCAAGUCUUGGCUAUACGGGCACCUGAAUUGUUUUCUAUGAUCGCUCAGGCAUAUCCCGAUGUCACCCGAGGAGUACCUAGAGGAUAA